UAGCCAUGUUGCGGCCCACUGCGCAUGUCAAAUGUUUUGAUUGGUUGGUUGAGACACACCUCCAAAAAUAUCAACAACAAUGGCGGCCUCCGUACUAGAACGUUUCUGGGGAACAUUCAAACAUAAAACUGGCAAUGUUAUUGGAAUGAUUCAUGUUAGAGCGUUACCAGGUACUCCACGGAACAGUCACUCUGUAAAGGAAAUAGUUGACAUUGCAUGUAAAGAAGCAGCUAUUUAUAAACAUGCUGGGGUUGAUGGAAUCAUUGUAGAAAACAUGCAUGAUAUACCCUACCUGCAUAGCUCUCAAGUUGGCCCUGAAGUCACUUCAGUCAUGUCUGUUGUUUGCCAUGAAGUCAAGCGCAUCUUCUCCCACGCUCCGGUGGGCGUGCAGGUUUUAGCUGGAGCCAACAAAGAAGCCCUGGCAGUAGCCAAAGCAGCUGGGCUGCAGUUUAUCAGAGCAGAGGGAUUUGUGUUUUCUCAUGUAGCUGAUGAAGGGCUGAUGAAUGCUUGCGCUGGUGAACUCAUGAGAUUUCGUAAACACAUAAAUGCUGAAGAUGUCAUGGUGUUUACUGAUGUCAAGAAGAAACACAGCGCUCAUGCUAUAACAAGUGACGUGGAUAUAGUCAACACAGCUCAAGCUGCUGAGUUCUUCCUGAGUGAUGGAGUUAUUGUUACAGGGGAUGCCACUGGGAAAGCUGCUAGUGAUACAGAAGUUAAAGCCGUGCUGGGAGGUGUCACCAUCCCAGUGCUUGUUGGGUCCGGGGUGACCCAGGACAACUACCACCAGUACAGCCAGGCCCAUGCUGUCAUCGUGGGCUCACACUUCAAGCUGGACAGCAACUGGCUGGAGGAGAUUGAUGUGGCCAGGGUCCAGAAGUUUAUGGAGACUGUCCACCAGGUCAGGCACGUCCCCAUUGAAUCAACAAUGAUUAUGUAGUGGAUUAUAAUCAGCUUUUUGAUUCUGCUUGGCUAGAGAACACUGGCUCAUGUUACAGCCUGCAUCACCAUUUGUAAUUUAUUAUCCAUUUUCAUUAAGCAGGUUAACUUAUCUGGUAUAAAAUGAAACCCAAUACUUGAAUAUGUUUCACAUUUAGCAGUAUUACAAUUGACUGUUUUAUCAGUUAUGACUUGAGUUCAGAUCAAUUUUAUUGUCCUUAGAUUUUUAUGGAUUGUUGUCAUUUCAUGUAGUAUUUUUUUUGCAAUUGUAGGGAUCUAUAUUCUAUGUAGAAAUGAUGUACCAAGGUAGUUAUGUAAAAUUAUCACUUGUAAUAUUAUAUUCAGAUUUUUUUCAUUAUUGUCAGAACUUUAUUGUUUUUUAAAUUUUAAUUGAUGUUUUACAUAGAAAUUACUAGAUUUUAAAAUUGUCACUAAUGAUAUUGUACAUUUUGUAUAAGCAAUUGGUUGUGUGAUUUUAAGUAAUAUAAUUGUUUUGCAAUGCCAAGCAUUUUAAUUUUACACAUGUUCUUGUUCAUUAAAAACUGCUGGUAGACUGGAAAUCUGUUAGGAACAUAAAACAUUCCAAUGGUGUCGAUAUCAAAUUGAUAUUUUUAUAGAUUAGUGUUGUGUAUAACAAUUUUUUUUCUGUACUUUGAGAUAAUGAAAAUUUAUAAAUGUGUUCAUUAUUAAAAAAUGGUUUAACUUAAACACUCAUUCUCAUCCCAAUCUUAUUCAAAAGACAUGUAACCAUUUGAUUUGCAAGUUGGUCAAGUUGAUGUUAUAUCAUCAUGAUUGUUAAUCUUUAUAUCACAAAUAUAUUCUGGUCAGCCUUAUUUUAUAGUUAUACCAUGUUUACAAUUUACAGGGGUAUCUUUAUGGCAACUUAUAUGUUCACAGUUGCUCACUUUAGAUGAUUUUACAGAACACCAAUAAACUGCUGU